GUGGUAGUGGGAAAAGCGGUGUGAGGUGCGAGGAAAGGAACAGUUCGGAGUCGAAUAAAGAGAAGGAGGAGGAGGAGGAGGAGUGCGAUUUCGCGCGUUCUGAAUUAUUUCAGAUUGCUUUAGACGUAUACUCGACGAUAUAAUACUGCAGUCGCCGAACGGAAAAUUGAAACAAACAGAAGGAAAUUGCUGUCCACAAAAGGCCAACGAGAUGUCCGUGAUGGGUAAGCCGAUACUUUAUUCUUACUGGCGAAGUUCUUGUUCUUGGAGAGUAAGAAUUGCGUUAAAUCUAAAAGAGAUACCAUAUGAUAUAAAACCUGUUAGUCUGAUAAAAAGCGGUGGAGAACAACAUUCUAAUGAAUUUCGCGAAAUUAAUCCAAUGGAGCAAGUCCCUGCACUUCAUAUCGACAAUCAUACGCUGAUAGAGUCUCUAAAUAUUCUGCAAUAUUUGGAGGAAACUAGGCCAAAUCGUCCAUUAAUGCCAGCGGAUCCUGUCAAAAGAGCUAGAGUGAGAGAGAUUUGCGAAGUAAUUGCCAGUGGUAUACAACCCUUGCAAAAUCUCGUUGUUUUGAUCUAUGUCGGAGAGGAACGUAAAAAAGAAUGGGCACAGCAUUGGAUUACUAGAGGAUUUACAGCCGUGGAGAAGUUGUUAUCGUCGAGCGCGGGCAAAUACUGCGUCGGCGACGAGAUUACAUUAGCGGAUUGUUGCCUAGUACCACAGAUAUUCAAUGCACGAAGAUUUCAUGUCGAUUUAAGACCUUUCCCCACGAUUUUGAGGGUGGACCGUCACUUGGAACACCAUCCGGCUUUCACUGCAGCUCAUCCCAAUAAUCAGCCCGAUUGUCCACCCGAGGCGACCAAGUAGCAAGCGAGGCAGACCACCCUCUUCCUCUUCUAAUCUUUUAGAAGAUUGAAAAGUGGUGGUCUGACAUAUAUCAUAGUGACAAAAGGUGAAUGGAUUGUAUUUGUUUGAAUUUCUAUAUUUAGACUUGCAUGAAUUAAAGUUUUUAUUUCUAUAAUCUCAAUAAAAGUGCAAUCUAGAAAAAAAAAGGAUUGCUAAAGGAUUGCUAAAUAAUAAUCUAUUAUGAAAAUGAAUGUAUUUUUAAUUGUAUGAAUGGGUCCAAUCAUUGCAAUAACAGUUUUAGAAGUGUACGAACUUUAUUCAUAUACUAUCAGGGAAUAAAUUGCGUUAUUUGACAAUAGUAUUUAUAUAUUUUAAGAAAAAAUUAUCAGAUUGAUACAGUUUCACCUUUUAUCACUUAUGAGCUGCAAUACUGAAAUGGCUAGCGGCAUCACAAAAGUGAAUAUAUCGAGCGAUGAUUUUGAUUUGAAUAUAUUGUUAUAAUACAAUGUCGCUUAUAUUAGAACAAAAAUAUUCAUGCCAUUUCUAUAAAGCAAAAGAAAGAAAAAAAGAGGGAUAUUGGCCUAUUUUUUUAUGUUUUGUUAUGUUUUCUACGAUUUUACAUGAUCAAUCGAAAUUUAUCUUUCAUGCGGUAUUUUUACACGAUAUUUUAUAUUAUAUAAAGAUAUAUUGACCUAUCCUGCAUAGGUUCUGUUGAAAUCAAAAAUUUAAUUUUUAUAUGCGUAUUAUAAUUCUUUAUUUGAUCUUUGCUUAUAGUAUGUAACAUAGUAAAGAAAAAAAAA